CGGAUGUUUAUGUUGAAAAAUGGCAACGGCUAAAACCUGGAAGAUUGCGAGGGAAAUCGGAGACGCCGUGAUCAAGGCGUCGAGAAACCCUAACCGGAGAUGGUACGGACCUCACAUGGCCGCAGCAGUUAGAGCAAUCUCCGAACGUAUUCCUUUGGUCGAUUUCGUACUUGAGAUUCGAGACGCUCGUAUUCCGUUGUCUUCUGAGUAUGAGUUGUUGAGAAAGUUUUCGCCUUUACCGUCAAAACGAAUCAUUGUGUUGAACAAAAUGGAACUCGCGGAUCCUUUGGAGUUGAAGAAGUGUAUAGAUUACUUUGAAGAGAGAAACUAUCUUUCGUAUGCAGUGAAUUCACAUAACAAAGAUUGUGUCAAGCAAUUACUGAACUUUUUGCAGAGUCAAGUUAGGGAAUUGCAUAAGGCUGGUCAUUCUGGUCAUACUACUACUAUGAUGCUUCUUGGGAUUCCUAAUGUAGGAAAGUCCGCUCUUUCAAAUUCUCUUCAUCAUAUCGGAAGGAUUAGUGCUGCAGAGAAAGGUAAGCUAAAGCAUACAACAGUUAGCUCCCAGCCUGGAGAUACUAAAGACAUUAUGAGCUUGAAGAUCGGUAGCCAUCCCAAUGUCUAUGUACUGGACACGCCUGGAAUUUUUCCUCCUAAUCUGUAUGACGCUGAGAUCUGCGCAAAGUUAGCGUUAACAGGAGCUAUCCCGGAUGAUAUAGUUGGGGAACUCAAACUAGCACGGUUAUUUCUGACGAUACUAAAUUCGAGCCAUGAAUACAAGAAAUGGGCUAAACUGUGCAAAUCUCAGGAUUUAACAGAAAGUUUAUCCGAUGAGAGCUCCAAGUCUGAUGCCAAACAUAAGAGGCAAUACGCAACAGAUCAUACACAGGAUUUUAUAGUGUACGACGUUCGAAGAGUUCUGUACGAGACAAUUUCAGCAUUUGACGGAAACUUAGAAGACGAAAUCAGCAUGGGAAAUCUUAUAGAGACGCAAUUCGCUGCGUUAAGAUCGGUUCUUAGGGUUCCAGAAGAAGCAAGUGAGUUUGCUGAUCUAAGAGUUGCUUCUAAGAUAUUGAAUCUCUAUAGAACUGGUAGACUUGGACAUUACACUUUAGAACAUGUCUCUGCUCUAGCCAAAUCUUACACAUACCUUUAAAAGAUUAUGUGAUUGUGAUGAUCUACGGCUUAAAGAAUCGAUGUCAAGUUGUUUAAAGGAGAAUUAUAGCUUUGUUAUCUAAGUAACCUUUUGGCACAAGGAAAAAAUAGACCCUAAACAAAUCCCAUGAUCGUAAAUAUUACGAAAAACAAGAAAGUCUCACUUUAACCACCGGAGCUCAGUGGUAGAACAAGGUGAGAUUUUCCCGGCGAACCCAUCACCGUAACAACAAGAAUAAUCGGAUUCAUGAUCUCCCCAGAGACAACUCUUAAAGCUUGGACUCCUCAAACUCUCUUCCUCCGCAUAACAAAGCCGCUUCUUCGCUGUCAUUGGUCUCCUCCGUGGCGUGCUCUGAGUCCUUGCCUUAGCCUUAGCCGACUCUGUCGCCGACAUGUAAUUUGGCUGCAUCGAGGAAGGCGAACAUGGUAUUCUUGGACUAGCUGAUCUCACCAUAACGGAUCUUGAAGCUCUGCAAGACGGUGGAGUCGCUGGAUAUGAUCUCUGAUGAUGAUGAGUUGUUACAGCCUCAAGAGUCUUGAUAGGAUCUCUAACGUUUGUGGAAUUGGUGAUUGUGUCGUCCCAUUGCUUUGUAGCCAUCCAUCGGUCAAGCCAUUGUGUUCUCUCUAGAAGCUCCCUAUCAUCGCCGGCUGAUUGAUUCCGGGAAGACCGGCUCCGAAUCU